AAUAAGGGGAACCGAGGCGAGGGAUGACAUGUGCAACCUAAUGCACUAGCGCUGCAGCUGGAGAGCUGAGCCAAUGGCUUCCCAGCCAGUCCAUCUUUCAGCAUUCAGAUCCUUAAGUUACAGCUUUUAGCUACCUCCUUGCUCAAAGAAAACAUGAUGAAGCUCACUGGGAGUGGAAAGGAAGACCCUGCUGACAGUUAGAUGACAUGGGCCCUGACUCUGGCAGGGAGACCAGCUGAGAGAUUUCCUUUGGAUGCUCCUGCCCCGUCCCUAUCCUAGGGGAUGCCCCAGUUCACCUUUGCUUGCUUCUGUGGGCUCCAUGGCUUCUGCAACAUGAAGAGGAAGAAGGAAGAGGCCAGUGCUGAGCAGGAGACAGCUGUUUGA